ACAUAUGGUUUAACUGAGGUUACAGCAAAGGCACAGCUGAAGAUCUUAAAGCGCUGUUUCAGUGACAGUGUCCACAGAAAGUAUUUACCGCUAACGACUCGGCUCAGAUCUUUCCUUUGAAAUUUCACGGGAAGCAUCGGGAAUUCGGGAGCGUGAUGGAAGGGGCUAGGCCGGUCCGGUUUGGGAACGCUACCCCGCUUGCUGGAAUAUUGUAACUUUGUCCCCGCACCGGUAGUCGAAUGCACCCACGUCGGGGCCUCGGCAAGGGAUGGCUUGUGGCGGUGAGGACAGCAGUAUGCCUUGAAACCCGGACAGAAUAAAACCAGAGAAACAGAAGCUGCCACUUGGAACUGCGCCCACACUGAAAAGCUGUGUCCAAAAACCGGGAGUGCCGUUGCUUUUUUUUCGUUUUUACGCCGCGAAGUGUGUUUAAAAACCCAGCCUGAAAAUAAGUUGCAGUAUUUUGGCGAGUAGAGCGCUCCCUCGGCUUUUUGCUGUGUAUAGUCAGGCAGCCCAAACACGGCCACACCUUCUCCUGCUUCCUGAUCGGAGAUGCAGCAGGAGCUGUGAAGAAUCACGAGCAGUUCUUUUCGAAGGAGUUUUAAGGUAAACCUGUAUCGUAAAAAGUAUUGCUCUUAACUGGAGCUGAAGCAACGGUUUAAGAAGAAUAGUUAUCUGCUAUGGAUAUCAUCAAAACCGAAACCAGCCGCCGUCACCACCAACUCCAGGCGAGGAGGGGGUCAUGCAUCUCUUUUUCAUAAGGGGGGCAUUCGGACAAUAGACAUGCAAAUGGGAUUGUACCUGCAGAAAGAACUAGUUUACAUAACGGGGUUUUGUAUGAAAAAGAAACGAUUAAAAGCCGAAAGAGGAUAGCAGCAGCUCGCCAGUGGCUCCAGCUCGAGAGGCUUUUAUUUUGUUACAUUAAUGGAAUGAUGAUGCUGGAAAAGCACAGCGAUCCUGGUGAGGUCACUCGGAACUGCACUGGUGGUGGUCGCAUUAGAAGAGGCAUGCAAGUGCCCGACAGGCACUAUAGGGUGGUCAAACUGAGCUCAAUCAGAUCAUACAGUUGUUGGUCAACGGUGCAAAGAAACUCUGCCGCCCUCUCGCAUGCAGAAAUCCAAAAUAAAUCAGCUUGACCACCCUACUAUGGCUAGUAGUGGCUCGGGCAAAUCUACUAGCGAGGGUUCAUCCAGCCAUCUCAGCGGCAGCGGCGGCUCACAACAGAGGAAAAAACUCUCCUCCUUUUGUGAUACCUGCAAAAGCAAGAUGCAGCUGGUGGCGGAUUUGCUUCUGUUGUCCAGUGAGACGAGACCGGUCGUAAAUACAGAUGGCCUUUAUGUCGCCGAGACUUUUGAGAAGUGCAGGGAUACCGUCAUCGCCAGGACCAAGGAACUUUCCAUCCUGACGCACGAUAUCCAGAGCCAGCUCAACAUGGGCAAGUUCACCGAGGUAGGGGACCGGCUGAUGGAAAUGGGGGACCUGGUGGUCUCAUUGACUGAGUAUUCAGCGCACGCUGCUUACCUGGCUGCAGUGGAGACCCCAGGCUCCCAGCCUGCUCUACCGGGCUUAGUGGAUCGCUACAAAGUGACCCGGUGCAGGCAUGAAGUGGAGCAAAGCUGUGGCAUCCUGAGGACCACCGCGUUAGGAGAGCUGACCCCACAGCUUUUACUGGAGGUGUCUCAAAACAUCUCAAAAAACCUAAAGACCCUGACAGAUGCCUGUGUCCUGGCCAGUGAUAAAUCCAAAGACAAGUUUGCCAAGGAGCAGUUUAAACUGAGCGUGAAGUGUAUGAGUACCAGUGCCACUGCCCUCCUGGCCUGCGUUAAAGAGGUGAAAACAUCUCCCAGUGAACUGACAAGGAACAGGUGCGUCCUGUUCAGCGGACCUUUGGUGCAGUCUGUGCAUGCCUUGGUGGGCUUUGCUACUGAGCCCCAGUUUUUGGGCAAAGCUGCCACCAUCAACCCCGAGGGGAAGGCAGUGCAGACUGCGGUUCUCGGAGGCGCCAUGAGUGUGGUUUCAGCUUGUGUGCUCCUGACUCAAGGUCUCAGGGAUGUAGCCCAACAUCCAGAAAGUAGCACCAAGAUGCCUGAUUACAGGGAGCGAUUGCGGAAUUCUGCUUGUGCCGUCUCCGAUGGAUGCAACUUGCUAUCUCAGGCACUAAGGGACAGAUCUUCACCCAGGACUUUACCGCCAGUUAAUUCCCAUUCUGUGAAUUAAAAACCUUAAAAUAACAUCUUAACAACAAUUUUUAUAUACCAAAGAAUUUUUAUUGGAUUUACCCUGCUCUGUUUAAAAUCAUCAUAAUAGACAAAGUAAAAGCAGCAAGGAUGGCUAAUGGUGACAUGUAAGCUGGUCUGAGAUUAAUACACAAUUUGAUUGUGUAAAAAAAAAAAAAAAAAAGAGCGAGCUUUAAUCGCGCUGGAUGUGAUUUGAGGUCUCUCUUAACUUUCAGAAAUCUCUUUUGACCUUCAUCAUUAGCCAAAUCUGUGCAAAGUUAAAAUGAAAUGUAAUAAAAAGGUUACCUCAGUUUUCAAACAUUUGAAAACACAGCAUAUGAAAUGAUGGAUGUAGCUAUACGUGUCUGACCUUUUGAAAUCGUGAUAUGUAGAAGUGAAUCAGUUGUGUAAAAGUGGAGAGUGGCAGUUGUGUUUAUGUUUUCCAUAAGUGAAUUUAACUGGGUAAAAGCUGCUGUGAGCGUGUUCUAGAGAUUUUACACUAUGUACCAGACUUGCUAGUCUUUUUAAUGUGUUUUGAUCAUGCAUGUACUGGAGUAUUUAUUUCAACUAUUAAAAUGUUGUUUCUCAUA